UUAGUCAGUUAGUUUCCAGUCCUAAGGUUGAUACUCUCCAUCGAUCGUUCUUUUCAAGUUCUCCAUCUUUACCAGAUAAACGGUUUAGAAAUGGUCAACAUCCCGAAGCAGCGUAGGACCAUUUGCAAUAAGUGUAAACGCCAUACACUUCACAAAGUUACUCAAUAUAAGGCUGGAAAAGCUAGUCUACACGUUCAAGGCAAACGACGUUAUGAUAAAAAACAGAGAGGUUUUGGUGGACAAACCAAACCCAUCUUCCAUAAAAAGGCAAAGACAACUAAGAAGAUUGUGUUGAGAAUGGAGUGUAUGGAAUGUAAACGACGAAAGCAAGUACCAAUCAAAAGAUGUAAACAUUUUGAACUUGGUGGUGACAAGAAACGCAAGGGACAAAUGAUCCAGUUCUAAUAUUUGAAUGAAUAAAUUCUUAAAUAAACAUUAUUGUUCCAUUUCUUUGUGUUUUCAACUUAGAUAAAUAAAUUAUUUACCUCACCAACACAA